AUGGCGAGCGCCGCAGUCGCAACUCAACCGUCACAACAACACCUUGGGGCUGGCCCAACUUCUCGCACCUCGUCGCCUAUGGACAAUAAGAAAGCCACAGCGAAGCAAGAAGCAUCCAAGACAUCACCGUCGCAGGCUAAAUCAUCGCUUCCAGAACCACAAUCCACCUCGCUGGUCGAAGAAUCCAAGCCCGUCGUUCAAGCAUCGGAACCCCUUGCGCCGCCACCGCGACCUGCGCCCACUACUCAAGCAGAGACUCCCGAUUACUUCUCGGCCCUGCACAACAACGGGAGCAGUAUCGGUCAAGAAUUCAAUCCCUUUGAACAAUCAUUUGGAGCACCCUCGACAGAGACUCCCGGCAAGAACUUGCUGCCUCCUGUCGCAGCGCUCACGUCUCCUGCCAUCCCUGGCACGAGCUCCACUGGCGGUUACAACUGGCAAAGCUCUCUUCGGUCGGGGCCGCUGAGCCCUGCAAUGUUGGCUGGUCCACAACAAGGCGAUUACUUUGACAGUAUCGGCCGUGGCUUUCCAACGCCAAACGAGUCAUCUCUCCGAACUGGCCUGACUCCGGGCGGUGGCGGGUCUAUGUUCCCGGUCCCCAGCCCAAACUCACAAGCGCUCUUUAAUUCUUUGCAAAGUGGCGGUGCCACACCUGGUACCCUUGAUUUCCAUCGCACAGCUAUCAACGCUGCUGCGCGAAACAAGAACAACCAGUUCGCCAACACUUCCAACCCACAAGACCCUUCCACCAGUAACAUGGACUCUGUGCACGACGCCACUGACGCUGCCAAUGGCCUGUUUAUGCUCGCGAAAGGAGGUCAGCCUACCAAUCAGUUCGCGGUGCCCAAUCCAACCUCUGUCACGCCGGCUCAGGAUCAGAAACGGGGCAGCAGUGACACGGGUGAAAGCGCCGGGAGCCCACAGGAUACGAAGCCUGCCACGCGCAGUGGCCGUGGUAAGAAGGCUGUCAAGGCUGAGCCGGCCAGUAACCGCAGGAAGUCAGAAGCAAGUGCCAAGGGCAGCAACAAACGUGCCAAGGGCAACUCAGGCGCUGCAAAUGUAGAUCCUGCCCUUGACCCUCGCGAGGAGGACGACGACGACGAUGAUGAUAGCGAUGAAGGCGAAGACCAGGGGAAAUCCACAACCACAACCAAUGGCAGUAACAACAAAAAGAUGACAGAUGAAGAAAAACGGAGGAACUUCCUCGAGCGCAAUCGUGUCGCUGCACUCAAAUGUCGCCAGAGAAAGAAACAGUGGCUGGCCAACCUCCAAACCAAAGUGGAAAUGUACUCCGCUGAAAACGACAGCCUCAACACACAAGUUGCUCAGCUUCAUGACGAAAUUCGGAAUCUCCGCACUCUCCUCAUGGCUCAUAAAGACUGUCCUGUAGGUCAUGCCCAAGGUAUUGGGCAAUUUUUGAACGGCAUGCAGGAUCCCAACGCCUUCGGCAACCAACACGUCCACCCGUACGGAAUGGCCUUGCCAAACGGUGCUCCCCUACAACCUGGCAUGCAGCGAACGUGA